CCCACCCCUCGGCGGUUGCCACGGAGACGGGGCUGUUUACCAGCUGGUCGCAGCCAGGCACAGGAGGCGGAUGGAGCUGAGCUGCGAGGGGUCCUGAGAAGCAAUGGCCACAGAAGCCCCUGUGAACCUAGCACCACCUGAACGCAGCACCGUGGUCGGUACCUCAGCUGACAGCUUCAUCUGGCAGCCCAGCCCACUCAGGAUGCACGUCAUCAGGCCCAAGUCUGCCAAGGGCCGGAAGCGGCCGAAUCUGCACAGACCCCAAGGCGUGGGUGAUGGUUCUCCCAGUGCGCUGUCCGCUUCGCCUCCACCACGUUCUUCCGGGUCCUCGAGCAGCCAGAAAGCAGGAGCCUGUGCACCUGUCUCUCCAUCUCCGGGAGCCCCUGAUGAGAUGCCCGAGCUGCUGCCUCAGGUGCUCGUCGGCGCCACCUCAUCUCUCAAUAAGUACCCAGUCCUCCCUUCCAUCAACAGAAGGAGCCUGGAAGAUGAGGCCGUGGACACGGUGGCCAGGAAGGCCAGUUCUCUGCAGCUGAGUAGUGUGCAGGCCCUUUACCAGGAGGAGGCCGGCACCACUGUAAAGUCAAGCCAAGAAGAUUCCCGAGCCCAGGUCUGUGCCUUAGAGAAGAAGUUCAUCAUCCGAACCAAGAGACAGAGUUCCUCUGGGUUCUCAAACAUGGAGGAGCCGACAGACCAAGAGCCGAGGCUGCUGCUGGCCAUCAGGUCACCCUCGGGCCAAAGGUUCGUGCGCUACUUCAGGCCCAGUGACAACCUACAGACUGUCCUCGCAGUGGCUGAGCAGAAAAACAAAGCCACCUACCAACACUGCAGCAUCGAAACGAUGGAGGUGCCCAGGAGACGUUUCUCUGACCUCACCAAGUCCCUGCAGGAGUGUGGCAUCCUCCAUAAGUCCGUGCUGGGCAUCUCCCAGGAGGAGGGGGAGGGGUGACCCUGAGCCCACAGCACCAGGCUGGGGCCCCAGGUCUUUGAGCAAAGAGAAUGUUGGGCGGGCUGCAGCCUCCCACACAGCCUGGUUUCAAGCGCCACAUGAGCCCAGUGAAGCUCAGACCCCA